AUGAAUAAUAGUGAUAUUGUAAAAGGUGCAUUAACAACCGGUAAUGAACCACCAACAACCAUUUCAAUCGAAUCUAAUGGCAAUAAAAUUUCAGAUGAAUAUUUAGAAAAAGAGUUUCAAGAAAAUACUAAAGAUGGUCCAAUUUACGACUUAUUAAAAAAUAUUAUUUCAAUGCAACAAAAAACCAAUGUCAUUAUAACCGAAUUUGUAAAUAAAGAAAAAAUAGAAAAACAACAAUCACAACCACAACCACAAUCUAAAAAAUCAAAAGGUUCAAAUAAAGGAAACAAUAAACAAAAUAAUAAACAAAACGAUAAUAGCAAUAAUAAAAGGAUUGAUGAAAAUAAAGACGACAACGAUAAAAUAAUAAAACAACCUAAAUUAGAUAAUUAA